AUGGAGACUGAGGUGAUUGACAAGAUGGACCAGGGUGGCGAUGGUGCCCUCCGCACCGUCAAGGAUUUGACUGCGGGCGCAGCUGGUGGAAUUGCUCAAGUUCUGCUCGGCCAACCCUUUGAUAUUGUCAAGGUGCGCUUGCAGACCACCACUCAGUACAAGAGUGCGCUGGAGUGCGCAACCCAGAUUUUCAAGAAAGAAGGUCCCUCGGCCUUCUACAAGGGCACACUGACCCCGCUUAUCGGUAUCGGUGCUUGCGUGUCUGUCCAAUUCGGUGCCUACCAUGAAGCGCGCCGUCGUCUGGAAGAGCUGAACAAAAAGAAAUAUGCCAACCCAGCUCUUUCUUACAGCCAGUACUACUUGGCCGGUUCAUUCGCCGGUGUCACCAACUCCGUGCUGUCAGGUCCGAUUGAGCACGUCCGUAUCCGUCUGCAGGCACAGCCGCACGGUGCCGGCCGUCUGUACUCGGGUCCUCUCGACUGCGUGAGCAAACUGGCCGCGCAGGGCGGUGCCCUCCGCGGUCUUUACCGCGGCCAGGCUGUCACCGUUAUCCGUGAGGCCCAGGCAUACGGUGCUUGGUUCGCAGCCUUUGAGUUCAUGAUGAACCAAGAUGCCAAGCGUAACAGUAUCAAGCGUGAGGACAUUUCUAAGGGCAAGAUUGCCAUGUACGGUGGUCUGGCUGGUGAGGUUCUUUGGCUUUCCAGCUACCCCUUCGAUGUCAUCAAGAGUAAGAUGCAGACCGAUGGAUUCGGCGCGCAACAGAAGUUCAGCACUAUGCGUGAUUGCUUCAAGAAGACAUAUGCUCUCGAGGGUCUCGGUGGUUUCUGGAAGGGUAUUGGCCCGACUCUGCUGAGAGCUAUGCCUGUGUCUGCCGGCACAUUCCUGACUGUCGAAUUGGCCAUGCAAGCCCUCGGUUGA